AUAUACGGGCUGCUUUCAAGAUUUAGCUAUUAUGAACUGUGCUUCUAUAAACACAGGUAUGCAUGUAUUCCUAUAAUAUGUAUCUCCACUGGCUUUUCUCUUCUGUGUGGAAUGAGAUUCUAGUUGACAUAGAAAUAACACUCUCUGAACUAUGGGUAGUGGAACCUCGAGUGGUGUAUCUUCUGCUUGCCUCUCUGGACCUCAUCUUUUGCUUCUUUCAUCUGAGGUCUCUAAACUUCAUCCGCAUUGGCCUUGUAGCUGCCUUUACAGGCUGCCAUGUUCUUUCUUCUGAGGUUUUUGGCUUUGCUGUUCUUCCUGCUUGGCAUGAGCUUCCUUAGCUCUUAGCACAGUCACCAUCCAAGUCUCAAUGCAGAUGCCCUUUUCUGGGAUAGCCUUUCUACCCUGAGCUCCUAGGUCAGUUCCUUUAGUCUUCUGCACAGAGUUUUUCAGUACUGGAAGGUACCUUAUUUGUGUAUUUGCUCAUCAUCAGUGUCCUCUUAUUGGAGUGUGAGCCCCUCAAGGGCAGGCCUGUUGUCCUAUUCAUACCACUGUCUCCAGCACCUUGGAUGCAGUAGGGCCUUGGUGUUGAUUGCACUGAGCAGGUGUAAUUGGUGGAGCCCAGAGACUACAAGUGCCACCAAGGCUUCAGGGCCACCCAGCCAUGUGUAUGACCCUUCCAUAUCUUGCUCAUGCUCUGUGUUUGGUGCCAAGGGUGGAUGCCCAGCUGGGGGCCUGUUUUGAGUCCCUGUGGCCUACCUGGGGCCAGUUCCUGUGUCCUCUUUGUGUAUGCACAGGUGAAGUCGCGGGAGCUGGCGCGGCCAGCAUCAUGUCUGCCCUGACUGACAAGGCUGUCGUGAAGAAGGAGCUGCUGUAUGAUGUGGCCGGGAGUGACAAGUACCAGGUCAACAACAAACAUGAUGACAAGUACUCACCGCUGCCUCCCAGCAAAAUCAUCCAGCGGGCAGAGGAGCUGGUGGGGCAAGAGGUGCUCUACAAGCUGACCAGUGAGAACUGUGAGCACUUUGUGAACGAGUUGCGAUAUGGAGUUCCCCGCAGUGACCAGGUCAGAGAUGUCGUCAUGGCGGCAGGCAUUGCAGGAGUGGGCUUGGCAGCUGUGAGCCUCAUUGGAGUCAUGUUCUCAAGAAACAAGAAACAAAAGCAAUAAACUGGAAAGACUCUUCUGUCAGGAAUGACUAUACAUUAAGAGGGGGUCUUGUUUUGCUAGAGUUUGGGGUUUGGUUUGUGAAGUUAAUUCUGUUUUAUAAUGAGGUUUAUUUUCAGAAUAAAGCAUAAUAAAAAAGGGUUUUCUUGGUGAAAUGCAGCACAGACUGGCUCGGUCCUGGUGAGGCCCUUGGAUGAUUUUCUCUUUCUCUUUCCCUUUUGUGUUCUUUGCAUCACAGCAAACAGAGUCCACCUCCAGUGAUCUCAACUGCAGGGUGUUUCAGGUUGUUAGGAUACAUGUGGAGCGGCAAGAUAGUCCUGCUAGACACAAACAGAAGUCAGCUAGCUAGGGCUCUUGGCCUGGAAUUUGAUCCAGCAUGACACCUAAGCCUCAGGAGCUGGAGUCCAUAGGUGUCGAGUAAAGUUAAAAUAAAAAUCCUCUGCCACAGGCAAUUCAGGAUGUGCUCUCACCAGUCUUCCUAAAACCCCCUUAUUUCCCUUUUCUCUCCACCUCUUUCCUCUGCCUUAUCUUUUCUACCUCCCUCCUCAGUACUCUGGCUUCCUCACUGGUUCUGGUUGCCCACCCCCAACUCUCUGAUCCCUCAUUCUCACCUGCUCCUUUCUUCCCAACUCAGCUCAGGGUCACCUUCCCGUCUCUAUCAGAAUUGAGCAAAAGAACCCUAGGCUGAUUGGCAACAAUACUGCUAGAUAAAUUAUGAAUCAAAGAAGAAAACAUAGGGCUGGGGAUUUAGCUCAGGGGCACUGCGCCUGCCUUGAAAGCACAAGGUCCUGAGUUCGAUCCCCGGUACCAAAAGAAAACAUAAUGGAACUUAAAUAAUAUUUAGAACUAAAUAGUAACAGAAAACUAGGUAUCAAUGUUUCAACCAUAUGGCAAAAGAAAUGCUCAGAAAGAAAUUUGUAACAUAAAUCCUUACUUAAGAGAAAAAAUGCAAAUUAAUGAGUUUACCAUGCAAUUUAAGAAGAUACUGCAUAAAAAAGGAAGAAAGAAAAAGAUGAGCAAAGUUAAAUGAAGCAAAUAGAUGCAUGAAAGAGGAUGCACAAGUUAUUUUAGGAAUAAAAUGGGGGCCAUACCUACAGAUGCUAAGGAGAUCAAACAAACAGCAAAUAAUAAAUAACUUUAUAACAGGAAAUUGGAAAAUUUUGAUGGAGUUGAUACAUUUCAAAACAGAAUUAAGAAUAAAAAACACCAUCCUAUAAAAAUUCAAGGAAUUAAAUAAGUAGUUAAAAGUUUUCAUGCAAAGAAAUGGGAUGCUUGGAUGGUUUUAUAGGCGAAUUUUACCAAACAUUCAAACAACAGAGGAGUGAGACUUCUAUGGAAAAAAUAGUGAAAAAGAAUUUAUAAGUAGAAGAGGUAUAUUAUUCAUGGAUAGGAAGCCUCUGUUUCAUAUAUAUGUCAGUUUUUCUUCCAGAUUCAUCUAUAGAUUGAAUGAUUCCAAGCCAAAUCCUAACAGUCUUUCCUGGAAUUGGCAUAGAUUUUGAAAUGUAUAUGGAGAAGUAAAGGGUUUAGUCACUUCACUGACAAGGAACACUGGGGAGGAAGACUUAUUUUUUUAAAAUACAUAUUAAGGCUUCUUAGAAAUUGUUAUUGCGAUCAAGAUAGUACAUCUUUUUGGUGCAGCAAGAAAGAGUUAAAAGUGACCAAUGGAAUUGAGUAGAAUCUUCAGACCUAGAAAAUAAUGAAACCUUAAUUUACAGUAGAGGUAGUGCAUACAUCAGUGGGAACGAAUGAACUGUUCAGGGACUGGCAAACAUUUUUGUAAGGAAUAAACAGUGAAUAGUUUAAGCUGUAUGGACCUCUGUCAGUAGAGCUACUCAGUUCUGUUGGGGUUGUGUGAAACUAGCCACAGACAAUACUGAACAAGUGAUCAUGGCUGUGUUCUAAUAAAGCCUUAUAUACAUGGAAUUUUA